AUGUCUCUCGACGAGCAAUUCAAGAAAGUCGCUGACAACGUCAGGAACUGGAAGACCAAGCCAGCAGACAGCGAGAACCUGGCUCUCUACUCUCUCUACAAGCAAGCACUGUUCGGAGAUGUAAACAUUCCCGAGCCCAGCGGCAUAGUGGAAAAGGCGAAAUGGAAAGCGUGGAAUGGUCGUAAGGGUAUGUCUCAGGACGACGCCAAGAAACAAUACGUUGAGAUGGCCGAGAAAUUACAUUCUAAAUACACAUAA